AUGAGGGAUGGUCAUAAUAAAGUUUACAAGUCAUUUUCAGAUGUAAUUGAAGGCAAAGAGGGAAGAUUUCGUGAGACUCUGCUUGGUAAACGUGUCGAUUAUUCGGGACGUUCCGUCAUUGUCGUGGGUCCUUCGCUUUCAUUACAUCAGUGUGGAUUACCUCGAGAAAUAGCAAUAGAGCUUUUCCAAACAUUUGUAAUUCGUGGUCUAAUCAGACAACAUGUUGCUUCUAACAUAGGAAUUGCUAAAAGUAAAAUUCGGGAAAAAGAACCCAUUGUAUGGGAAAUACUUCAAGAAGUUAUGCGGGGGGCAUCCUACUUUGAUGGGGAUCAAAUGGCUGUUCAUGUACCUUUAUCUUUGGAAGCUCAAGCGGAGGCUC